AUGUUCGCCGAGGCCGACUUCAGCCACGAGGAGCGCGUGCAGAUCGAGGCGCAGUUCCUGCAGCAGAAGGGCCGUCUGGGCGGGCCGCCGCCCAAGCGGGCGCGCUGCAACCCGCCCAUCGCCGAGGUGCCAGCCCGCGCGCGCCGCGUCGAGUUUCCGGCCGAGCCGAGUCGCGACGCUUCGCUGCACCUGCGCGAGGAGAACGCGGUCGAGUGGGACCGCGGCGGCGGGCGCGUGAUGCACAUGAAGCUGUCGGUGUACCUGCGGCCGGCCGACGACUCGUACCAUGGCCAGCUGUACGUCGACCGAGACUACAAGGAGGGUCGGCGCGGCGGCGCCUGCUGCCGGUUCCCGCUGUGCUGCCGCGCCGCUGCCGACCUCUACGUCAAGCAGUGCAUCGAGAUCUUCACAGAGUACGGCAAGAAGAGCGCCAAGCUGACGCACCAGGUGGUCGGCCAGCCGCCGCGCCAGCGGCUGGUGCCACAGUCGAAGCUGGCGCGCGGCAGCACGCCGGCGUUGACAGCGCAGCUCCGCAACCCGCCGCUGGUGGCGCGCGCCGGCCCGCUCUCGCAGCACAUGGUGCAGGCGUUGGGGCAGGCGCUGCUGGCCGACUCGCCGUCGGCAGAGAAUCCGGCCGCCGGCUCCAGUCUACUGGAGAAGCUAGUGGCACCCGGGGAUCUGCUGAGCACGGCGCUGCAGCUGGUGCAGAGCGGCGACUUGCUGGCGGAUCUGGAAAACCUGGAGGACCUGCUGAACGCCGACACGCCCGACCCGCCGUCGAAGCCGGAGCCGCCGCCCAACGUCAACAUCAUGAACUUCCUGUCGGAGGGCGUCAACGUGGCCAACCUGCAGCACCUGCAGCAGGGCCUGCAGACAAUCCCGGGUUUGCACAACGUGCAGGUCUCCAUCCCCGGCAUCGGCGCGCCCAUCUCGAUCAACGUGUUCCUCAAGACGGAGGCGGCCGGCGGCCAGCAGGUGAUCCUCACCACGCAGGCGCCCAGCGGCGGCCAGCACGUGUUCCUCAAGACGGAGCCGGCCGGCGGCCAGCAGGUGAUCCUGUCGAGCCAGACGCAGGGCGGCCCGUCCUUCUCGGUGGUGCAGGACCGAGGACCGACGUACGUGUCAAACUAG